AUGGCCACAACCCUCCCAGCCUCUUUAAUCACAGAGACAACAGAUAUAUCGACGGUAUCAGCAGUUACGGUUUGGAAGACAACUCAAACUAUUUCAGACAUAACUUCAGAAAUACAUUCUUCAUUGGAAGCUACCACGUUGGCAGAGAAUUCAACUCAUCUGCUUAAUAUACCAUCGCUUAACACAAAUUCAGCUACUACAGAAUCCUAUGAUACAACAUUGCUCACAAAGAACCAGUCUUCUUCCACAAAUCAGCUACUCUCAACAACAGAAGCAGGAUCAACGAUUCCUGAAAAUCCAAGCACAAUUAUUGUUUCCAAUACAAACUCACUAAGUUCUACUAACCCAAGCUCAUCAGGUUCUACCAAUCCAACCUCAACAAGUUCUACCAACCCAAACUCAACAAUGGCUACAAACCCGGACACCUCUUUGGAAGGCUGUCAAUGUCCCUGUUCCAGGGCUGCUAGUUUGAAUAAUACAGAAGAAUUGAACACUAGAAUAAAGAAAUUAAGAAAAGAACUGGAAGUAAACAUCGUCAAACUUUCCAGUUUUAUUCGGACGAAGACUUCUGCUCCGGACAACCGGAUUUCCUCUGUAUUCAUUGGAAGUGUUUUUGGUGUUUUCUUCAUUACAUCUGCUAUUUUGCUAAUUGUUUUAAGUGACUUAACAUUACUAAUUCGACAAAUAAGAUACGGUCCCUAA